AUGAAACCCCAUAAUUAUUCAUCCUGUGAAUUACCAGAACAUGAAUCUGAGUUUCUCAACAUUGUUUGUAUAGACUACCAAUGCAAAAACCGGAGAUUGCUAUGUUCAUAUUGCUAAUAAGAUCAUUAGAAUUGCAAAAUAAUUCCAUUGAACAGAUUCAUAAAAAUGUUUAAAGAUCAAAUUGAUACCAAAAAUUUAGAGCCUUUGAAAUAAUAGAAUCUGGAGUAUUGAAUCACAUCUUCAUUUAGACUGAGUCUUCAUCUCGAUGCGAUGGAAGCAACACUUAAUGAAUCUCAGAAAUUUUUUAAUAACAUAUUCUAUCAAAUCAAAUAGGCAAUCCAUCAGUACAUACAUUUCAAAUUUAUUUAGUGCAAAAUAGUCACUUAAUCAGAUGACUCAUUCUGAUUCUUCACUAUUAAAUUACUGUUUCAUCUUAUAAUAAUUUGAAUCAGAACCAUCUCAUAACAAUUUUACCAGUCUUGUCUCUCAAAUUGAAUCCUUUAUGCCAAAUCCUGACUCAUUCUCAUUCACAAUCAAGAAAAUCGAUCCUUCUUAAUAAUUGCCCUUGUCAGAUGAAGCAAUUACUAAUUUGAAAAUUGAUGUAUCACAAUUUUAAAGUGCAACUAAAAAAUUUAUAAAGAUAUUUCAACAAUUACAUGGCACUCUAUAAAAGAGUAUUUCAAGCUUAUUUCCAUAAGAUCUCUCAGAACUAGAGAAUGAUAUUUAACCCUUUAAUAAUGUCUAAACCAUAAUUAAUGAAGAAUAAGUUCUAUAAUUAAUGUAGAUUUAGGAUGAUAGUAUGCCAAAACAAUUGUAAUAAUCAACUAUUUCAAACAUACCGCUCAAAAUAGGUAUUUAUUAAGAGAUAACCUGUAGUACCUCCUUAAAAUGAUAUUUAAUAAGAAAAAGAGACAAUAUUGGUAUUUUCUGAAGAGAAGUAAUUUCAACUUAUACUUGGAGGAUAAACCUUUACUAAAAUGGUCUAUAUGAAUUAAUAUAUGAUUUGUGGAAUAGUUGGAUCUAAGUUUUAUAUGUUUGAUAUCUCCAGUAAGGAUUAAAAUCUUCAAGGAAUUGUCACUAUAUAGAAUGAUGCUGAAUUUACAGAUUUAGCAUAUUUCAAUACGUAUGAAUAACUAGGAUAUAUUUACUUAGCCAGCAAGAAAGGGAACAUCUUUAAAUUAAUAACAGAAGGAGAAAAGAAUAUGAAGAUUAAAGAAGUUUUGAGUAGGAGUCAUAGCAUUGAUAAACCUGGAUUCCUUUAGAUUUAGGUAAGUCCAGAGGAGGAAUAAUUAUAUAGUAUAGGUGAGGAAAUGAUAGCCAAGGUUUGGUGCUUGUAAACAAUGAGAGAGGUGAAACGUGUAUAGUUGCAAGAACCUGCAACUGCAUUUCACGUUGAUUGGAAAUGUUUGUUUAUUGGGGGAAACAACUAAAUUCAUAUUUGGAAUUAGACUAUGGGGGAUAUUACAAAAUUGGAAGGAUUGGAAUAGAGAGCGAAUAAAAUAUUGACUAAUGAAUCCAAAUUAUUUGUGGGUUUGGCAGAUAAAAUAAAGAUUUAUGAUAAAAAAGAAGAGGGAGAGUUUCUAUUAUUUAAAGAUGUUUCGUUUGGUCAAAUUUGUAUGUUAUAGAUAAUAAAGUCAUGGCCUAUCUUAGUGAUUUCAUAUGUUGAUGUAGUAUUGUAAUGACAUUAAAAAUAGUAGAAAUAAGUGGAAUAAGUGGGUCUGUAUGAUUUUACAGAGACAAAGCCUCCUCAACCAUUAAUGGAAUAAUCAGCAUCAUCAUGUUGUGCAAUUUAUGAGGAAUAGGAAAUAGGUAAUUACUUGGCAUUGGUUUAGAAGAUGGGAUUAUGCUUAAUAUAUAAGAUGGAAUAAGAAGUUAACAAUGAUAUAUGA